CUGGCGUGGCGGGAAGCGGCGGCCGCGAUGGCGGGCGCGGGCGGGAGGAGCUGGCGGGACCUGCUCGCAGGGAGAGCCAGGAAGAGGAGAAGCCCCUUCGGGAGCGCAGCAGAGCUCCAGGGAGCGGCUCUGCGGCUGCUGGAUCAGCACCAGAACCUGGCGGAGCUGCUCCUGGAGGUGGGAGAUUCAGCCAAGCCAGGUGUGCAGGAUGGGGCAGAGCCCCGGGGAGUGUCACCAGAGUCAUUUAUAGUCUCUGUUCUGCAGGAGCAGGCCUCGAAGCUGGGUGUGCCCACAGCCACCCUGGCAGCCAAAAAUGCCCUUGCCAACGUGGAGCGGAUCUGCCAGGAUUCUGCCAGCCCCUCCCGAGCCCCACUGCUGAACUCUGACCAGAGAGGAAUUAUUUCUGCUUCGUUUCCGGGGCGAUGCCAGAAGAGAUUGACCUGCUUGCUUCAGACUGUGAAGGAUUUGCUGGCAAACAACAUGUUCUGUCGCUCCCUCUUCUGCCAGGAAAUGUGGAAAAUGAAGGAGCCCCCGGUGCUGGAGGCCGUGUGGCACCUGCACAGAGGUGACAUCGUGGGCCUGGCAGAGCUGCUGGACAGGAGCCCAGCAGGCCCAGCAGCAGUGGAGUGGCUCUGCAGCAGCCUCUGUGGCCUCUGUGAGCAGGCUGGGGACAUCUCCUGUGGGGACACAGAGCUGGCACAGGGAAUUCUCUCAGACUUUGCCAUCGUGUUUCUUCAGCAUGGCUUUGAGCAGGCUGUGGAGCUGGGAAGGAAGGUGGAAUUCCAGAAGGUUGCCUACAUCUGCCGUGCUGUCUUACAGAGAAUGCUGGCAUGGGUGCUUGAUGCUGUUGGUAAAGAGAAGCAGGAAGAUGUUUCCAUGGUGCAAGCUGCGAGGUUCUGGCUGAAUGUGUUCAACGUGUCCCUUUAUGGAAGUGUGGCUCCCCUGGAUUCCUUGAGGCAGUUUUUCAGACACACCCUGACUGAGGUUCUCACCUACAACCCCGUGCUGAAAGUGUCUGAUGCCAUCCAGAUGCAGAAGGAGUGGAGCUUUACCAGGACUUCUCCCCUGCUCACGGCUCUGUAUCGCAAGCUGUUGGUGGCAUUCAGUGUGAAGGAAUCCAUCUGCCAGCUGCAGCAGGUCCUGGAGAGCCACGAGGUGAACUGGCAGCACGUGCUGUCCUGUGUGUCCACGCUGGUGGUGUGCCAGGCUGAGGCUGAGCAGCUCUUCAAGGAUCUACUGAGCCAUCUCCUGCUCAAGGCCUUUGGGAAUUAUGACAUGGAAAAUAUGAUCACUGCCUUCCUGAUCGCUCGUCAGGCUGCUCUGGAGGGCCCUGCUGUCUUCAUGCCCUACUCUGAGUGGUUUAAGGCUUCCUUUGGGAGUGCUGGUGGCCACCACGGGAGCAGUAAGAAAUCUCUGGUCUUCCUCUUGGAGUUCCUAUCAGAGCUGGUGCCCUUUGAAGCUGCCCCAUACCUGAAGGUGCACAUCAUGUUCCCCCCGUUGGUGCCCAGCAAGCACCGCUCCCUGCUCCUGGAGUACAUCACCCUGGCCAAAACCCGCCUGGCCGACCUCAAGGUGGCCAUAGAGGACAUGGGGCUCUAUGAAGACCUCUCUGCCCCCGAGGAGGCUGUGCAGCCCCAGGCCCAGGCUCUCCGUGACGUGGAGAAGGCCCUUCAGAUAUUUGAGAACACCAGGAAGAUCCCCACCUCUGUGAUAGAAGCCAGCAUUUUCAGACGACCAUAUUACACUUCCUGGUUCCUUCCAGCCCUGCUCAGGCCCCGUGUGCUCCCCAAAACCCCAGAUGGACGAAUGGCUUUUAUAGACUCCUUAAAGAGAGCUGACAAAAUACCUUCAAACUUGUACUCCACAUACCUGCAAGCCUGUCAUGCCAUGAAAGAGAAGGUGUUACAAGAUGACUCCAAAGCAGAGCCCAGCCAUUCCAAGGAGCCUUUGGAGCAGCUGAAGGCUGAACUGGCAGUGCUCAGGACUCUGGCUGUGCAGCAGGCUCAGUGGGAAGAGGUGGCAGCUCAGCUGGCCGUGGUAUCCGACAGACUCCGCCGUGUCCUGGGUGACAGCAGCGAGGACAACGAGGCUGCUCCUUCCAGUUCCCCGGUCCGGGUGGCCCUGCCUGCCCCGGGGCUGGCAGCCUGUCCCCAGAGUGUCCCUGCCCCGGGGCUGGCAGCCUGCCCCCAGAGCGUUGUUGAUCUUCUGCUGACAUCAUUCUGCCAAACCCUACUAGCUGCUUCCUCUUUCAACCCUCCUGACAGGCAGGGCCCGUGCCUCUCCCUGCUGGUGAAGAUGAUGUGUGGACACAGGAAUCUCCUGCCUGCACUCCUGGGCAGGCUCUGCCAGCUCAUUUGUCACCAGGGCCCUUCCCUCGGUGCUGCUCACAUUUUAGGUCUGGCAGCUUUUGUGGUCCACUUAAGUGAAUGCAGAGCUUUAAUUCCUGGGGUGGAAGCCACCUCUGGGGCCUCUCAGGCUGCUCCUGGAAAGGCCCUUUCUGUCUCAGAGUACUGGAGCUCCUUGCUGGUGUGCAGGACAGAAGAAUCAUUUGCCUUCUGCUUGAGGUUUUGCACUGCAGCAGCAGCUUACCUGAUGUGCAAGUUUUCAUCCUGCUCUCGUGAAGAUUUUUGUGCCUUGGUUCCUCCUGGCCUGAUUAAAAAGCUGCAGUACCUGGUGCCACGGCUGAGCCUGGAGGCUCGGGGAGUCCUGUGUGAGGAGGCCAAAAGUGCCCUGAGCUGGAGUUCCCUGUCCUGCCCCUCUCUGAACUACAGGAGGGCCAGCCUGUGCUUGUGGAGGCAAGCAGGCUUCCAGGAGCUCUUGAAGGAGAAGGCAUUCCAGCUGUCUUUCAGAGAGUGGCUGCUGCUGGAGCUGGAGGUGUGCCCUGAAAAGGACAUUCUCUCUGCUUCAGAGAGACAGGAUUUCCAUCACUGGGCCAUCUAUCAGAGGUACCUUCCUGCACCUUCUGCUGCUGGGGGCUGUGAUGGAGACCUGGAGAAGGCCUGUGCAGUCAUCCUCAAUGCCAUCCUGGAUUCCUCUCAGAGCAGGGGCAGUGCCUGGUGUGUCCCCAGUUUCAGGCUGGACCUGGGUGCCUGUGCCCAGUCGAAGACGUCGCUGAGCCCCGAGAUGCUCUGCAGGCUGCAGGAGCUGGUGCUGGAGCUGAAGUGCAGGCCAAAGCUGCUCCCUGGCUGCUCAGCUGCCCAGAGACACUUCCUGUUUGAGCUGCUCCAGGGAAGGCUGACAGGCAGAGAUCCAGAGCAUGGAUCUGCUCUGGGAGAGCAGCUCUGGAGGCAGCAGGAGCUGCUGCUGCACAGGAGGAUUCUGCUCGGGCUCCCUGCAUCCACCCUGGUCACCACGUGCUGGAAAGGGAACAAAGCAGUGCUGGACUGUGACAGCUUCUUUUGUUUUGUGAACUCUGAGCUGAAGAACGUCAGCUCCCGGGGCUACGCGCUCUCCUACGGCAUCACCGCUCACUUCUUCAGGGGCCUGCUGAGUGCCAGCCUGGACUGUGAGGAUGCAGCAGAAGGAGUCAACCAGGCUCUGGCCACGUGUCAAACCAAGUGUCCCGUGGUGCUCCUCUCUGCAGCGCUCUGGUGGCCGAGGCUGGAGGCAGCACUUUGCUCUCAGUGGAAGAGGCUCUUUGGGGCUCCACUUGCAGAAGAACUGGCCAGGCUGAGGGGCUGGCACAGCUCAGCUUCCAGGUUCCUCUGCUCAGGAGCAGCUUUCCCUGUCUCUGACCCUCCUUGGCUCUCAGCUGCCUUCCUCCACGGGGCCAUCCUGCAGCAGUCACCACGAGGACGAGGGACAGAGGCACUGGAGAGGCUGGGGACUGAUGCAGAGCAGCUCCUUGUUGCUCUGCUGUUCUUCUCACUCCUGGAUCUCAUCUCAGCCAGAAUAGCACCAAAGGAAGGAGUGGAUUUCCAGACAUCUCUGGAAUGGUCCCUGCAGAUCCUGCAGUGCCUGCAAGGGAGGGGCACAUCCUGGCCACUGCUCUUCCAUUCAGCAGAGGGAGCCCCCGGGAGGUUCCGUGUCCUGCGCAGCGCGGCCUCGCAGCGGCACACCCGGCUCCUGCCCCUGGCCUUCUACAGCCUCACUCCCAGCUUCCAGCAGGAGCUGCUCCAGCAGGAGCCCACCUUCCUCAGCGUGGCACUCCAGAUGUACAUCCAGCUGUUGCAGCUCUUUGUGGAAGGGGAAGUCCUGCCACAGUCUGAUCGAGACCCCACAGAGCACGAUCCCUUGGAGCUGAUCUCUGCAGCCCGGCAGUUCCUGCUGGGAGCCAUCCCACACUGCCCUGCCCAGAGCCUUGGCAACAUCCAGCCGCUCCUCAGCACCUGUGAAGAACUGGAUCCGGAGCUGGCAGCCACCCUUCUGCACUUCUCACGGCCUGCUGUGGACGUGGAGCUGGAGGAAGAGCUGGAACUGUUCUGAGGAAUGGACUCAGCCCAACACCUCACCUGCACCUAACACAAGGAGCCACCUUUCUCAUCUGGGCCAUUUUUUUCAAAUUACUUUGUAAAUAAUUUAUUACAAGCAUAACCAUGAAGCUCUUGUUACAAUAAAAAGGUUACAAAUUUUCAGUUUA